CUCGUCUCUCAGCAACUCGGAAGAACAGGCGAAGGGAAACGGAUCAAACCGCUAAAUCUACCCUCUGUGUCGGAUUGCAGAGUUGGUCAGUUUGACUAAAUUGCCCCGUUUACAAAACUUUUUCAGACUAGAUGUCUUAAUUUGUGUUAUUUUGUUUUGCCAAAUGAAGUAUCAGGGCUUACUUAGGUAAUUUGCUAUAUAGCCAGUUAACUAGGAGGCAAAUAGGAAAAAAAAAAUUGCAAGCCAGUCUAAAAGUUCAUAUAUUCAGGCGCCGCCUGCAGUAUGACAGGUUUUUGAAAUAGAUCGUAAAAUAUUUUUUUCAGCAGCGGAACGGAAUAUUUUCUGUCCGAAACUUUGAUUCCACCCGGAGCUGGAAACGUGACGUACGGACGCAAAGCUCGUAACGUCAACAAAGUGAGAGCUAAUCGGGCGGAGCGCGUGUGGGCAACGCAGUUAGCUAGAGGAGAGGAAGGAAAGGAAAGGAGAGAAGGGGAAGAACAUGUUUAAAAACACGUUUCAGAGCGGAUUCCUGUCCAUUCUGUACAGCAUAGGGAGCAAACCUCUCCAGAUAUGGGAUAAAAAGGUGAGAAAUGGACACAUCAAGCGAAUCACUGACAACGACAUCCAGUCUCUGGUCCUAGAAGUGGAGGGAACCAAUGUGAGCACUACAUACAUCACAUGUCCUGCAGACCCAAAAAAAACACUGGGCAUCAAACUUCCCUUCUUGGUCAUGAUCAUCAAAAAUUUAAAGAAAUAUUUCACCUUUGAAGUUCAGGUGUUAGAUGAUAAGAAUGUCAGACGGCGAUUCAGAGCAAGUAACUACCAGAGCACAACUCGGGUGAAACCCUUCAUCUGCACCAUGCCGAUGCGCCUGGACGACGGCUGGAACCAGAUUCAGUUCAAUCUGUCCGAUUUCACGCGUCGGGCCUACGGCACAAACUACAUCGAGACGCUCCGUGUACAGAUCCAUGCAAAUUGUCGCAUUAGGAGAGUUUACUUCUCUGACAGACUGUAUUCAGAAGAUGAGCUCCCUGCAGAAUUCAAACUAUAUUUACCAGUUCAGAAUAAAGCAAAGGUAAAUGCAUAAAACAUUCAACUAUACAUUUAGUUUAUGUAGGAAAAAAAACUGCAACCUUUAACUGGGUGUGCAGAUUAGUAAAUGGAAAUGUGUGAUUUCAUUUACUGUGCUUACAUAUAUUAAAAGAGGAACCGGAUUCUAUCACAUUAUUUUGUAUUUAUGCUAUUGAUUUAAAAGAUGUUGAAAUUUAGAAGUUAAACUACUCUGACUUAGUUUCAUUGUAUAAUGUAUUUUUUGUGUUGCUGUCAGUGCAGUGGUCCCAUUUGUUUUAUUACAACAGUAGGACUGUAACCAAUUUUCAUUCCAGAUGCUAGUUUUAUCUGCAGAACAUAUUCAUACAAAUGGUUUACCCUGUGAUGAAACAUUGUUUUUUAUAAUUAUUCUGGAGCCAUGUAAUUUGUUUAAUGUAUUUGCAAUAAAGGGUUUAUAAAUCAUUGGCCCAUUUACUGUGUUCACUAUCUUUUCCCUAUACCAAGCCCUUUUAUUACAAGAACUCUAAUGAUCUAUCCGCUAACAUGAGAAAUGCCUUAUGAGAACAGAAAUGCACAAUGCAUCAUAAUGAUGUCAAGUUCCAUAAAAAGCAUACAGACUCCCACAGCUUAAAAAAAAAAAAAAAAAAGUUUACAAGGCAAAGACAAAGGAAAGCACUACCAAUCAGUUUUAAACAUGAACUGGGGAAAAAAAAAAGACAUUACAAAUAACUUCUUUACCAUUCAGUUAUCACAAAUAAAACCCGAAAGAAGAAAUAUAUGCGAGUUCCAACUCUUGAACAAAGAACUCACUUCCCCAACUGCAUGUCCAUGUCUGGGGUUGUGUAGUCUGGAGCCUAUACUGGAAGCACAAGGCGAAUGAGGGAACUCCUUACACAGAAUGCCGGACCAUCACAGGGUAGCCAAACAUGCAUAC